AUGACCACUACCGGUAAUACCACAGCAGGGUUUUAUAACGCUACAGGAAAUAAGACCUCAAUUCUCUCGGCUGCUGUUGGUAUAUGGCCCUUGAAUGGUUUCUACGGAGCAGACGACAUAUCGGGAUACAAUAAAACAGUUAAUGCAGUUGGGGUGUCUUUUGCAAAUGGUCCAAAUGGCAAUCCACAAGGAGCCGUAUCAUUCAGUGGCUCUAGCAGUUCAUAUAUAGAGAUUCUCCAUACCACCGGAAGUCACUUAGAUGUCAGAUAUUCAUUCACCUGGAGUGCGUUCGUAUAUGCAUCUGUCCUUGACCUUUGCCCUUUGUUCAUGUAUGUUCCGCCAGAGGAAGAUGUGUUUUCUACCUAUAUUUGGUUGACUGCAAAUGGAAGGUUCGAGGCUGGACUUUUCAAAAGAAAUGGUGAAGGACUAUUUCCUUCGGCCAUUUCUAAUGAAACCAUCCGCCAAAAUGUUUGGUACUACCUCAGUGUAGUGUAUGAAUACAACACGGGACUACUUACACUGGUGCAAGACGGUGACGUUGUCAAUGAAGUCACCUAUUCUCCGAGAACGGAAAUCGCAACAAUGAGUAAAAUCAGAAUAGGGGCAAGAGUUGAAACUGACAAUAGAGCAUUUAACGGUCGUAUGUCGUGCGUGCAACUUUACAAUAAAGCAUUGUCAAUAAAAGACAUUCUCAACGCUAAGGAUAUUUCCGGUUUUGGCUGCCAUUUCUAAAAAAUAUGAGUAGCAACUAAGUGGAAACAAACCUAUGAGCCUUUUCUAUAUCAAUGAGCUUAUAUAAAAUAGCCUAUAUGAAUGAGCCUAUAUCAAUGGGCCUAUAUCAAUGCAAUGGUCAUUUAGCAAAUACAAAGUUAAGCUAUGUACAUGUAAUAAGAUGGCAGUUCAGUAACUGUCGCAGGUUACUGUAGGUAGCACCUCUAACAUUGCAUGUUCAGAGUUUCAGCAACAAGUGCUUUAUUACCAACGAACGAAAUUUAUUCCAAUGUAUUUAUUGCGCAUGCGCAUUUUUCAUUGGGAUUUGGAAUUGAAGUGUCUGAUUUAAGAUUUGACCAUGGCUUAAAACCUAGGAAUGUUAUGACAUUGACUGAAAUGCA